AUGGCCCCUGACCAGCAAGAACACAUGACUGCGCAGCAGCUGGCAGACAUCUUACCGGUCGGAGUCUGCAUCGUCAACCACGAAGAUACGAGGGCCUUUGUUAACAAACGCUUCGAGGACUUUACAGGACCACAAGAGCCGACGGGCUGGGCAUGUCUAUCGCGAACAAUCCACCCCAAUGACCGCGGUCGGGUCGAAGACGUCUACCAAACGGCAUUGAGCACACGGACGGCUCUCCGCACAGAAUACCGGACGAUUGAUGAAAAGGAGGAAUGGCGCGCGCUGGCGCUGGAGCCGCUGAGUGAAGGGCACUUGCGGCAAUUCGGGCUGAGUGACAACGGGGGGAUGAUCAGCAUGGUGACGGACAUAUCCACGGAAAAGGUGGCAGAGAUGAAGCAGAAGAUGAUCGCAGAAGACGCGCGGGAACGAAAGCAGCAACAGGAGCGCUUCAUCGACAUGAUCAGUCACGAAGUUCGAAAUCCUCUGUCGGCCAUCCUCCACUGCGCCGAAGAUAUCAUGGAAGCGGUCCAAGAUCAGCGGAAGAAGGGAAAAGAGCAGCUGGCCGAAAUCGCAGAGGCCGCCGAGACAAUCAACCUUUGCGUCGCACACCAGAAGAAAAUCAUCGAUGAUGUCCUCAUUUUCUCCAAGUUGGACGCGUCCAUGCUCACACUGAGGCCACAACCCGUCCAGCCCAAAACGCACCUGUCGACACUGCUAACCAUGUUUCGACCGGAACUCCGGAAGUCGAGAAUCGAGUUUGAGUACAAGCUUGACGAGUCGUACGUGGAGACCGGCCUUGACUGGGUGAUGGGAGAUCUCGACCGGAUGGGACAGGUGCUGAUCAACAUCGUCUCCAACGCCAUCAAGUUCACAGCGGAAGCACAAAAAGAGAGAAAAAUAAGAGUCUCCAUGGGCGCUUGUCGGCGGCGCCCUCCCUCGUAUCCACCCAACGUGGUGUUCUUCGAGCCUAGUGAGGAGGCGCUACGGUUAGACACCACUAACCAGCCGGAAUGGGGAGACGGCGAGAAGGCGUUUAUAAUGGUCGCGGUUCGGGACACGGGAAUUGGAAUUAGCGAUCAACAUCAGAAGCGAUUAUUCGAGCGCUUCAAGCAGGCAACCCCUAAAACCGACAGGAUAUACGGCGGAUUUGGCCUCGGCCUGAAUAUCAGCCGCCGACUAUGUCACAUGCACGGAGGUGAGAUUGGUGUCAGUUCAAAGGAAGGCGUUGGGAGCACAUUCGGCUUCUUUUUCACCGUCCGGCGAUGUGUCGAAGCAGAGGCGUGGACCCAGAUCGGCCCCCAAUCACCAAUUGACGAGCUGUGCGUCCAGAUCGGAGAGCUCGACUACAAGACACCGGACGUGGGCAGGGACACAUCCGGGGCGGACUUUGCACAGGAGCCUCCCGUCGAGCACGUCAACGAAGUCGCGGUCGCCUCUCAAAGUGACGAGCGGAAAAAACACACCGAGAAGCUGAUUGAAGAAGUCGGGAACGAGCCCUCCGAGGCAACGGCAGAGCCCAAGGUGACACACUCCAACGUUGAUGCCCAUGCACCUGCGCAGUGUCCACCCGAAAUCAUGGCAAAGUCCAAAAUCGCCGGGCGCAAACGUGUGUUGUUCGUCGAAGACAAUAUCAUCAACCAGCGGAUAGUGUCACGGAGGCUCAAAAUGGCAGGCUUCGACGUCUCGGAGGCAAGCAACGGGCGGGAAGCGCUGGAGACUUGGAAACGCGAGGCUUUCGACUGCAUUCUGAUGGACCAGGAGAUGCCGGUAAUGGAUGGGAACACUGCAACCAAGGAGAUUCGCAAUCUGGAGAGAGAGAAGGGCGGCCAUAUCCUCAUUCUCGGCGUGACAGCAAAUGUCCGACAGGACCAGCAGGCGGAGAUGCUCGAGGCCGGAAUGGACGACAUUGUGCACAAGCCGUACAAGAUGAAGGACUUGUGCGACAAAAUUCACGAGAUGACGGGAGAGCCUGAUAAGACAUCGCCAAGUGGAGAGUAG